AAGAAGAUAUUGGAGUAUAUGAAAAAUAUAGAAUAUUUUAAGAAAGAAGUAAACAAAGCAGAUAAAAAAAAUAAAAAUAAAGAGAACAAAAGAGAAGAGUAUAAAAAAAAUGAAAGAGAUAAUGAAAAGAAAAACAAACAUAAUGAUGAGAAUAAAGAAAAUAUAAAAGUAAAAGAUAGUGAAGUAAGUAAAAAUAAUAAUAGUGAUAAUAAGAAUAACAAAGACAAAAACAAAGAGGAUAAGGAUAGAAAAGAAAAAAAUAAUAAAAAUAAUAAUAGUGAUUAUAAGAAUAAUGAGAACAAAAAUAAAGAUGAGAAUAGAGAAGAUAGUAAUAAUGAUAGUAAUAGUGAGAAUAGUGAGAAUGAAAAUAAAAAUAAAAAUAUUGAAGGUAAUAAGGAUAAUAAAGGCAAAAAUGAAGAUAAAAAUAAAAAAGAUGAUAAUGAUAAAA